UCAGCUGCCGGUCAUUUAAACAUGGCGCCGCACAGGAAGGGCCUGUUGAAUUUCGAAGGCGUUCGCAUCAAGCCGGGGAGCACGCUAAUCGAAUUUCUAGAAAGCUUGCGAGACAGUAGAGACUGCGAUGAAGACCUGCGAAAGAAAGCUGAGGAUUUUCUCAAGUGCGACGCUACGGGGGUGCCUUUCGGAUCACUGCGUUCUCUACGCGAUACCGUCAAUUCCUCCGGUGUCGGCGGUGCACAAGUUUACUUGCACAAACUGCUGGAAGGAUCGGAGCUCUGUUUACCCAGUCCCGUGACGCCUCCUCGCAACCCCGAGCUCGAAGCUCGCGUGCAAAAGCUCAAGGCGCAGCAACUGAAUCGGGACUACGACCGCAUGACAUCCGAUGUGGACGUUUGCCGCGCCAGGUCAUCUCCGUUCUCAAAGGUUGGAGACGAGGUUCGCCAGGUCAAGCAGCAGUCGUGGGCCGUGGUCAACCUGCUGGUCACCGUUGGCGGGACGUUUGCCUUCUUCUACAAGGCGGUCGAGUAUUCGCUGCCCGAUCCCCACAUCCCUCUGCAGGUCCUCGUCGGACUCGUGACCUCCAUCGUGGUGGCGGUAGCCGAGUUGUACUUCUUAAUACGUGUCAUCUAGUCCACAUAUGCAGUACGCCUUUAGAAUGCCGUUUGAUGUCUUGUUUUGUGCACAUUUCAAAGGCUGGAUCCUUUGUAUGUUGAUGUGUGAGAGCAGUGCAAUGUUUGUAGAUUCUGCCGGAACAUUCAGUUCACAUUAAAAAAUGAGUGCGAUUUAUUUGUACGACUUGCCGAUCAAUGCUCGCAAACAUUAAGAACCUUGGAACACUACUUACUGUGGUGCAUGCAUAUGAAAAUGCAAGGAAGGCACAUGAACGGAACAUGUGUUUGUUUGGCCCUCUUGGGUUCUUGCUGCUCUACAGUUGUGUUCCAAGAUGCCACACCAAGAAGCUCACAUUGCAACACUAGAGUAUGUUUGUGUGAGCUGUGACUCAAUGUAUCAAAUGCAGCACGCUUUUAGCUUAAUUUGAUGUGCUUUAUUGCCUGUGUUGAUCAGAAAGGUUUGAGGAGAGCAGUGCUGAAACUUGGGUCUGACGGAGACAAUUACACGAGUGCUCAUGUACAACUGUCAUAUUUGAUGCGUCAGUGCAGCGUAUAUGAUAAAAGCAGCAGCACUGAUUAUGCUCCCUCACCAGAAAGACAUGUGGGCAACCACACGCAAAGUUAAGAUCAGCAGCCAAAAUAAUUGACCUAUUUUUGAAAGAGUACUAGCGUUGGUAGGCCAAUGAGUGUCACGCUUAUCGUUGGUGGCAAGCAUUCCAUGAAACUUUCGAACACGUGUGUUGUAACUUUUCAGGAUUACUGACCAAUCAACUGCACGUGAACGUGUGCAAAUUAUGCAAAUGUAAGUUCAAGUUGGCGGCACUAAAUAAUUUAACCGAAACGGUGCACUUCCUCGGACAUGUGCACCAUUCAGUGUGAUUAGUUAGCAGCUGACAUCCAAGUCUAUUUCUAUUAAGCUUUAUUCUUCCCCUUUAUCAAAGACCUAGAAAGCAUCGAGCUCACACAGGGGUGCUGUUUGCAGGUGUUCCCAUCAAAACAGUGCUUAUGUGUCAUUCUUUGUGUUUUGCUUUGCACCACCAAAGAUGUGAGCGUGUGUUCUUUGUCCUAUAGAUAGUUUCUGGCAUGAUUUUUCCUUGUUGCUAGUGCGUAUCUUCAUGUAGGCCUGCCAACUCCGAGAAAGUGAAAUGGUGUUUGUGACGUUAGCUCGCUAUAAUCUUCAAGCUGUGGCGAGUUACAUUUCUUUAAUGCGUGGUAGUGCAGCAUGAGCUGCUUCUAGUGGCAAUGUGUGAUGGCAAACUUUAUUUCAUUGCUAGCUAAGAUAUGUGGAAGGCUUUCUAAGAAGCCUUUCAUAACGGUGAACAGAUAAGACGUUGUAGGUUGUGUUCUGUAUGUGCCUCAUUAGGAAAGGCCAUGCUUUGAUCAGGUUCCUCAGGGCAGUGUUCACUGUGAAAAGAUUUUUGUACGUGCAUAUGUGUGUACAGGGUCUUCUGAUAGGGAGCACAUAAUAAGAGCUUGGGCAAGGGUUUACGCAAGCGGGACUUCAGAAAUUAUUCACUAAUAGUACUUACCUUGUAGCUGAGGUGUAAAAAAAAACAAAAAACUCCCCUCCAUACUUCUGUUCACCACUGAAACAAGUCAGUACUUCCGAGUACAUAACAGGUGCUUCCUUGCAUACCAGUCCUGACUGCACAUGCACCUCCAUGCAAACCUGAAUAAAAAAUGUCUAUUUUUCCAUUUCUGGCAUAGCUUCUUUACUGAUGGCGCUUAGUCACGAAGCUGAGAUGCUCGUGUUAUUGAAAGAAAAGCAGUGACAUAACUCUUGCCUGGAGAAACAUGGCUGGUAGCUCAUGAACAAUAAAUACGCUUCGCAUUUAAAGAACGCAAGAAAAGAUUGUGGAUAAGGAAACGGGCAUAUGGGCAAGGCUAGGAAGCGUAACUCAUACGGGGAUGAUAUGUUCACAGGAAAGGUGUUUCACUGGUCACGAAGCAAUGGCCAGCACGGACGCUGGGAAAAACGGGCAUAAGUGAGGGUGGCAACGGCUGAUCUCAUACUGCGUCAUUGGUGACAGUAGUCGCAAUGGGUAAUGCUGAGUGUGGCGGAAGGCAACGGCGAGAUGCCCUUCACCAUUCGCCAGAUGAAGCUUGGAAACGUUCCUAGAGACGCUGGCUUUGCCUUGGUUGGACGUUCUUGUGACGU